UUUACUCGUGUCUCAUUAGAACUUCAGACUACCGUUCAGUCGAGGCAAAAGCUGGAGGCUCAGAAGCAGGAGAACCUCGGCGUGAAGGAGGAAUUCGACAAGCUCAAGGAUGGGGAGCAGAUCUACAAGCUGGUCGGCCCCGUGUUGCUGAAGCAGGACAAGGUGGAGGCGGAGAGCACAGUCAAGGGCCGUCUGGACUUCAUUACGAAGGAGAUGUAUAGACAUGAAGGUCUGAUCAGGGAUGCCCAGGGCAAGCUGGAGAAGAAGAAGGGCGACAUCAUCCAGAUCCAGACCAGCGCA